AUGCCAACUCAAGAAAACACACCGCUCUUAGGCUUGACCCGUGGCCAUGACGGGGCAUCUACAAAGGUCCCCUUCAAACCUCUCAAGUCCACUCGAUAUCUCCUGCUUGGCUCAUGGAUUAACGUCUUACUCAUUGCUGUUCCUUUGUCUUUUAUCGCGGAUCUUCUUCACUGGAGUGCCGCUGCGCGAUUCGCUACGUCCUUCCUGGCGAUCGUUCCUCUCGCUAAGCUCCUCGGAGACAGCACCGAACAGCUCUCAAUGAAGCUUGUGGAGUUAAUCGUAGCUAUCGCCGCACUUAUCCAGAAUGAACUUCGUCUUGUUCAAACUUCACUUCUCGGAAGUGUUUUGUCCAACUUGCUUCUCGUUCUAGGCAUGAGUUUCUUCGCCUCGUCCCUUUUGACUCUCGCCUGCAUCACGUUGAUCCUACCUGCUGCAUACCAUGCCUCGAACGACGACACGGUCUCAGCUACAAUCAAAACGUUGCUUGAAGACGGUGCUCCUGAUCCAAAUGAUUCUUCGCUCCGUGGCCUCCUAGUUUUGUCACGAGGAACCUCCAUCAUUCUUCUCCUUACUUACUUCGGCUACCUCUAUUUCCAACUCCGAACCCACGCUCAACUAUUCGAAGCCGAGGAGAACGAAGAUGAGGAAGCCGAAGUAGCCUCAAUGGAUCAGUGGAGCGCCGGAGCUUGGCUCGUGAUCAUUACCGUUAUCACAUCAUUCUGUGCCGAUAUCCUCGUGGGCAGUAUCGAUGAGACAGCUGAACAAUGGCACAUCCCCAAGAGUAUCCAGAUCGCCGCUGGUAUGAUCCCUCUCUUGGUCAUCAUCGCUUGGCCCCUCCAUAAAGAUCUCACCUUGUUUUUCGCAAACUUUGAAACCAUUGUGCUCUUCGUGUCUGUCAUGUUGGUCAACCUCUUAUUGCAAGAUGGGCGAACCAAUUACAUGGAAGGUGUCAUGUUGAUCGCUCUAUACCUUGUCAUCGCACUGAGCUACCUCGUUUGA